AUGGCUAACAUGAUCAUGGCCUCUCACAAAACCCUAAUCACCCCCUCCAUUCCCGCCGCCCCUAAGCCCAUGCUCCGCCGCCUAACCCUCCCCAAAAUAGCCCUGCCCAAGUUCCUGAAACCCCACCAGCUCCCUUCCCUCCUCGCCGCUGCCACCACAUUCUCACUCGCCCACGCGCCGCCGUCUCUGGCGGCGGAUAUCGAGAAGGCGGCGCUCUUCGACUUCAACCUCACCCUCCCGAUCAUCGCCCUCGAGUUCCUGUUCCUCAUGUUCGCGCUGGACAAGGUUUACUACACCCCGCUCGGCAAGUUCAUGGACGAGAGGGACGCCGCCAUCCGGGAGAAGCUCAACAGCGUGAAGGACACGUCAGCAGAGGUGAAGGCGCUUGACGACCAGGCAGAGGCGGUGAUGAGGGCUGCGAGGGCUGAGAUAGCAGCGGCACUGAACAAGAUGAAAAAGGAGACCCAAGAAGAGGUGGAGGCGAGGCUGGCAGAGGGGAUGAAUAAGGUGGAGGCUGAGCUGGAAGAGGCGCUGGCUGGACUUGAAAGGCAGAAGGAGGAGACAAUUAAAGCCCUCGACUCGCAGAUCACAGCCCUCAGUGAGGAGAUUGUAAAGAAGGUGAUCCCUGUUUCCUAA